CUCUCCUCCCCCCUCACAGCUCCUGCUCUCUGUCUCUCUCGGCAGACCCAGCCACCCCCUCUGCCUGGCGCUCUUCCUUUAUGUCUCCCGAGCCUGGACCUGGAGCUUUGUGCAUUUUUGCUCCAUAAAACAAAAAAAGAGACAGAAGAGAGGGACAGGCAGGCUGGCAGAUCCCUCCGCUCAGCCCUCCAUUGACUGAAGCCAUCAACUUAGUUAGUGCUCCCACUGACAUCAGGGCUCCUGGCUGGCUGUGCCUCCCAUCUCCUGGAGCUCUGUCAGGGGCUGGAGGGAGCUGAGUGAUGCCUGCUCAGGGCUGCUUCUUGCCAGGGCUUGCUACUCCCACCCAGGUGCCUGGACUGGCAGCCUGCCUCUCUGGACUCUGGCUCUGCAUUUGAAAUAAUAUUUAUAUACAUUGUUGCAUGUGGAUACUUUCCUCUGAACCCUUGUUGGAUAUUUUUUUUUGGUGGGGGGAUUUCUGUUGGUUGUCCCCACCCCCCUACCUCUCACACUGGAAAUAAGCUGUUGUUGGCAUUUUGUAAUUUUUAUAUUUUUUCUGUUUUAUUUUGGCAUUUGGGGGGGUUUGGGUUGAAGGUAGGUAAAUGGAGAAGUUCGAAGACCAAGCCAGCAAGUUUAUCGAAGAUAUAUCGCUGUACGAUAUGUUGAUAUCUCCAGAUGUGGAGACCAGCCGGGUCCUGUCUGCUCAGAUGAUGGCAGAUCAAAGGGGGAGGAAGUUGAAUGGAAGCCUGACACAGUAUUUGCCCCAUUCCUCCUCCGAUACCUACCCUGCUGCCAGCAAAGUUUACGCUGGCAGUGCCCAGCUAAGGUCGGUUAAUGGAACCCGGGCAGAAGGCUACAACUCUUUACAGAGCUGCAUGGACGAGGGCAUCUGCAAGUCUGAGGUGGCCUUGCCAUGUUAUACUGGGUUUUCAGAGAAGAACAAGAGAUACUCGGCAGAGCUGUACAGACACAGCUGCGGGAACAGCUAUGAGGGUGUUCCUAUUAAUGCCAAGCAAGGAGGCAGCAAUACUAUGUAUUCAGUGGGCAAACUGAAUGCCAGCAGCCCCAGAUCAAGCAUGGCAUCAUCCACCUCCUCGCAGGAGCACAGCAAAUUCUCCAGCCCCAGGUCAAGCAUCAGCAGCAAUGCUUUGUCCUUUGAGAAAUUCUCCAGCCCUAGGUCCAGCCUGGUGGUUCCAGGGCAGCAGGAGAAAUACACUAGCCCCAGGUCUAGUAUUGGGCAAUACGAAGGCGGCGUGCUGAGUCCCAGAUCCAGCUACGCCAGCACCACCAGUGAUACCAGCAAACAUUCAAGUCCAAGGGCCAGUCUUAAUAGCUAUGACUGUGGGAGCAAGCCUAGCAGUAACCGUACUAGUGGAAUCAGCAUGGGUUACGACCAGAGGCAUAUUAGUCCCAGGUCCAGUACAGCUAGCCAGUAUUCGUGCACCACUAGCCCGAGGUCCAGUUACUCUGAUUCACGGUAUAUGUCUACGGGGCACCCUGAAUUAGAUGGGGUUGGAGGGCACGGAAGUUUGGUGAGCCCCAGAUCCAGCAUGUGUCUACAAGACGUAAGAUCUGCCACUUUGGGGAGUUGCAAUCCUUCUGUGGUUAGCCCUAGGUCCAGCAUAUCAAGUCAUAGUUCUCGCAGUUCCAGAAGUUCUAGGGGGUCCAUUGGGGCAUACACUGAUUUAUCAGUACCAUCCCCAAGAUCUUCAAUGCUGGGGCCAAGUCUACAGGAGGAGAAUCUUAUACAGGAUCUUGGAGAUGCAUGUCACUACAAAAUACUCACCCAGUCCCCUUCAAGACCAGAGCAACACCAGCAGCAACCUAUAACCUCCGGCCCUGACCCUGGCAUUGGGCCUAAUUCAGCUUCCUACAGCUUCAGCUCUGCCAAAGGUUCUGCCACUGUCCACAGGUUUAAGGUUCCAUACCAGGUCACCCCGUCCAGGGAAAGUGGACCCAGCCAGGCGGAGAGAAGGUUGGAGGCACUCACCUUGGAGCUGGAGAAGGAACUGGAAAUGCACAUGAAAAAGGAAUACUUUGGUAUUUGUAUAAAAUGCGGAAAGGGUGUAUAUGGAGCCAGCCAGGCCUGUCAAGCAAUGGGGAACCUCUUCCACACAAACUGCUUCACAUGUUGUUCUUGCGGGAGAAGGCUUCGGGGUAAAGCGUUCUACAAUGUCAAUGGGAAGGUCUACUGCGAAGAAGAUUUCCUGUAUUCUGGUUUCCAGCAAACAGCAGACAAGUGUUUUGUGUGCGGGCAUCUUAUCAUGGAGAUGAUUUUACAGGCUCUCGGCAAGUCUUACCAUCCGGGCUGUUUCCGCUGUGUCGUGUGCAAUGAAUGUUUGGACGGAGUACCAUUUACUGUAGACGUAGAAAACAACAUUUACUGCGUGAAGGAUUACCAUACAGUUUUUGCACCUAAAUGUGCCUCUUGUAACCAGCCAAUUUUGCCAGCACAGGGAUCCGAGGAGACUAUACGAGUUGUUUCAAUGGACAAAGAUUACCACGUGGAAUGCUAUCACUGUGAGGAUUGUCAGCUGCAGCUAAAUGAUGAGGAAGGCCACCGCUGCUAUCCUCUGGACGGCCACUUGCUUUGCCACUGCUGCCACAUCAGACGUAUAAGUGUUAAUAUACCGUCGCAUCAGACGUCCACCUAUCCAAUGCACGUCACAGAACUCUGAGUAGGAAAACACAAGCAAAUGCAGUGAAAACACAAAUCUAUCUUAAAAGACUUCAGAUGUCCUAUCUUAGAACACCUAGCGGUACAGCGUGUUUAAAUCAGUCUGCCAUGGGGACUGCGCUAGGUGAAUCAGGAAAAGAGGAAGAUGAAAAGUGACAUUACCUGCUCACCUCCUGAAUUAAUGUAGACAGGUGUUGCUUAGUCCAGUUCUCGAAUCGUCAAGACGUAUAAAGAAAGAGGAAAAAUAAUAGAAUAUAUCUUUUGUUGAUAGGUUAUUUUAAAACUCAUCCCUCAAUUUAUUUAUUGUUCUGUCAUUUUACCCCAUAAUUCCCAGGGAAUUUAGUGGCAGCGAAUGCCUACCCUCGUCAAAAGCUCAAAAAAAACAAAAAACUGUUCUUACUAAGUCUGGUAGCGUGGGAAAUAGGAAAUGCUAGCACUUAUUCUAGGUUAACCCUUUUGUAGCCAGAUACAUUAGGAACAACGGGUGAGAGUGAAGUGGCUUUUUUUUUUUUUCAAUGGCCACAUGGUGGCUGUGAAGGGGUUAACGCUAAGCGGUUGAAAAUAUUUUGUUCUCUUUUCGAUUAACUCUAUUGUGCACAGUAUUGUAUAUAACACAAUGAACAUUAAACCCUUCCACAAAUGUGCUUAAAACUUUUUGUUUUUGUUUUUUUGGAGGGGUCCAGCUACCCAUAAUGGACGUUGGGAUAGCAUAUUGGCUGUGCUUAAUGGGAGUGGACAAUGGGCACAUUUCUCACUUUCUGCAAAUCAGAAUUGGUGAGCAGAGCUGCUUGUAGUGUGGAUACAAUGCUAAUGUGACUAAUUUCCUUAUAAAAAAAGAACGCUUUCUCCUAAUUACGUACCUGCCAAACCACCCAGAUUUCACAAGAUAGUCCCCUAAUUUCAAGUUUCAUAGGAGAUCAGUAUUAAAGAAAACGUGCAGCUUUUCAUUGUAGAAUACACCGAUUGCUAUUGUGUACUUUAAGUAGUAGUUUUUUUUUUUUAUCCCCUUUCUUUUUGACUUUCGAAAAAAGUAAUGCUGUGUAAUAUUCUCUUAUGGAUACUACCAAUUUCAAACUACACCGUACGGUACAAAGAAUUUAUGCACAAAAAACAGUGAAUUGACUGAUAAA